AUGUCGGGCGUUAAGAGAGACCGGGAUGGGAACGCAAGAGUGAAGCCAGCACCCCAAGACGGUCCCCGAGGCCGGUUCCAUGAUAUGUUUGAAGGUUUCAGGGACGAGCUUGACGAGCAUCACGAUAGGCGGGAGAGAAUAAUCAAGGCCUCUCGGGAUGUGACUGCCUUGAGCAAGAAGAUAGUCAAGCAAUUAGGAAAGGGCAUCCCCCCAAGCACACAGAAAGAUGUCGAUUUAAAGCUUGAGGAGAUCUCCAAGCUUUUGACAUCCGUCGUCCCUGAUCUCCAGUCCCUUAAUAGGUAUCGAUAUUCCUACUCGCUCCGGUGCCUGGAGGAAUUCGUGGAGGCUCUGUCGUUCCUGCAUUAUCUUCGCCAUCAGACCCUCAUCUCAAAGGGCGAGGUAGAUGCAGCAAUGCCCGCGGACAUGUCUCUCACACCACACGAUUACCUCUUCGGAGUUUUUGAUCUGUUCGGCGAAAUGAUGCGUUUCGCGACUGUGACCACGGCCCAGAUGGGCGAGCUGGUAGGCAACGAGGCCGGACGCAACAUCUUGUCCGACAUCCACGAGCUGAGCUGUGCCUACGAGAUGCUGCCCGAGGUCCCGACCAAGGACUACAGGGGCAAGAUGGAGGUUAUGCGACAGAGUGUCCAGAAAGUUGAGAAGCUAGGCUAUGGAAUCGUCGUCCGUGGAAGUGAGCGACCUAAGGGGUGGAUUCCUGACAUGAAGGAUGAUGCGCCGGCACCUACAUCACCGUGA